AUGGUGCGCGUAGUCUCAAUGGCCGGAGAACACUUGUACAGCUUCGAGCCCUCGGAUUUUCAGAGUGUUUCGGAGUUGGCCACACAUGUGGCCACCAUCAUUCAGGUGCCAAGCUGUAGCCUCGCAACAGCAGCGGGCGAGAAGCUGUCGCCGCAUGUGGCACUGGACACCCUGGGCGAGGAGGAGCUGACGGCAGUGGUGAUGCUGGACCCCCUGUUGACCAUGCUUCAGCUGCAGAAGCCGGAUGGAACGCUCCUGUGGCCAAACUUGGGCGAGCUGCAUACAGCUGCGGCGGCUGCUGAGGAGCAACUGAUUCGGUGCGCCUGUGGUAUCGGCGCUCCUGGACAUUUGUGUGGUAUGCCUUGCCUUCCCUGGGCGGACAAGACGGUGCCUGCCCCUCCAAUGUUCCUUAAGGAUCCGCGCGAGCAUAGGGCCUUCAUGGUCGUCAGUGCCGAGUCCUUCAUGCCCACUGACAGUGAGGAGAAACAUGGCUGCCCUAUGCAAGAUGACACUCCUGUGAUACAUGCUGGUGCUCGUGUAGUGGUCUACGGUGAGAAGCAUUCGGGCGGGAAGCAUGAAAGAAAGGUUAUCGACGUGGGAGAUGCCCCUAUGACCCUCAAAGAUCUGCAGGCUCUUUGCACGAAUAGGCCAGACCUUGACAAGAAGAAAGCGGAGGUGGCACACAUUGACGGAGAAAUCAUCCAUCCGACCAUCAAUCUGGUGUCGUAUUCUCGAGAUGAGAUUGCCUUUCAGCUUGGUCAUUCAAGGUACAACUUUGACGAUAUGUGA